AUGUCCCGUCUUGCCGCUGAGUUUGCAAUGAAAGAUCUUGGUCCGCUAAGUCAUUUUUUGGGUAUUCAUGUUCAACGGAAAGGUGACAAAAUGUUUCUCUCUCAACAGGUCUAUGCGAAAGAAAUCAUUGAUCGAGCUGGCAUGUCUUCGUGUAAACCCGUUGCCACACCAAUCGAUACCAAAACAAAGUUUGGUUCAAACUCGGGUUCUGAUUUCGAUGAUUCGACAUUAUACCGUAGUCUUGCGGGUGCCUUUCAAUAUUUAACGUUCACACGUCCCGAUAUUUGCUACGCGGUUCAGCAGGUUUGCAUGCACAUGCUUGCACCCAAAGUAGAUCAUUGGAACGCGCUUAAACGUAUCAUCCGAUACCUUCAAGGUACCUCUUCGAAUGGCCUAACUAUUAGUGCAUCCGUGGAUUUCUAUUUACGUGCGUAUACCGAUGCCGACUGGGCAGGGUGUCUGGAUACGCGCCGUUCUACUUCUGGUUAUUGUAUCUAUCUAGGCCCCAAUAUUAUCUCAUGGUCCUCUAAACGUCAGUCUGUCUUCUCUCGAUCUAGUGCUGAAGUCGAGUACAGGGGUGUUGAAAAUGUGGUCGGUGAAAUCUGUUGGCUAUGCAAUUUACUUUUGGAAUUACACAAACCGUUGACCACUGCUAGUCUUGUGUACUGUGACAAUAUUAGUGCUAUUUACUUGUCCGGGAAUCCUGUUCAGCAUCAACUUACUAAACAUAUUGAACUGGACAUUCAUUUUGUUCGUGAUUUGGUUCAAUGCGGGUGUAUUCGUGUGCUUCACAUUCCUACGAGAUUUCAGGUGGCUGAGAUAUUCACGAAAGGGCUACCUAAAGUUUUAUUUGAUGAUUUCCGGUCCAGUCUCAGCAUUCGUCCUCCUCUCGCUUCGACUGCAGGGGGGUAA